GCCGCGGAACUGCUUCAGUAGCUCAACUUCCCACGGCUCGUCGCAAGCCAUCGUCGAGGUGGGCAUCAUUUAGAAGUAAGCUUAACCAAUACACGCAUGCGCAGUGAAACUGCUGACUCGGCAUUAAAACCUGGCGAAAGUCAAUUUUCUGUUGCGUCAGAAACCCUCACAAAAAGCUCGUGGAGAUGACGAGUCUUAUUCUGGCAGGUCUUGGUGUGGCAGGAGUAGCUCUGACUGCCCGAGUGUUGACGAGGAGUCUGAGAGAGGUCCAGAAGAGAGCCGCGUCUCUGCCCAAGUCCCCCAUGUUCACCAGCUACUACAAGGGCGGCUUCGCGAAGAAGAUGAGUCGCAGAGAGGCCGGUCUCAUACUCGGAAUAAGUCCGUCGUCAGGGAAGGAGAGGAUAGGAGAGGCUCACAAGAAGAUAAUGUUAUUGAAUCAUCCUGAUAGAGGGGGCUCCCCCUAUAUGGCAGCUAAGGUGCAUUUGACUGUCUGAAUCUAAGCAACCGUGAGUAGCUAUUCUUUCUUUUACUGCGUUUGUUGUGAACCUGGUCUUUUUACUAUGUGUUGUGAACCUGGUCUCUCUGCCCUAUAAAUAAACACUUUCAUCACUCUAAAUGGCAGAUGGCGGUAAGUAUGUAAAAAUGACAUUUGGACUUAUUUAUUUUUGUUUUUUGCUGGACUACCUUAGGAAAAGCCAAGUGUAAGUCCUUGCUACGUGAUAGCUAACAGUUUACAAGUUUUGUCUGUAUUUCCCAACCUCCAUCACGGCUUGUAAACCUCUACACCUGCAUAAUAUCAGAUUGUAAGUUUUAUACAGCGUGUGUGUAAGUUCAUUGUUAAUGCUUAACAUGUCAUCUAUGACAUCUUGUUCAACACAAUGUGCCUGCACAACAACAGCAA